UGUGGGGGUCUAAACCCGGUUCUUUCCUCAUGAGGACUGGCGGAUGAGGACGCAGAGGACACCAUGCCCUCCAGCGGAGCCGACUCCCUGAAGCCCAGCGCCUUCAUCCCGGUGUGCACCGCCGCCUGCCUGUUGGUCGGAUCCACGUCCCUGUUCUUCGUCUUCACGUGCCCAUGGCUGGCCGUCACCAUCUGCCCAGCUGUGCCACCAUGCUGUGCCAUCCUCUUCCUCCUCGUGCUGGCCAACUUCACCAUGGCAACCUUCAUGGAUGCUGGUGUGCUUCCCAUGGCGAGUGAGGAUGAAGACAAGGAUGAUGAGUUUCGUGCUCCGCUCUACAAAAAUGUGGACGUGAAGGGGGUCCAAGUGAGGAUGAAGUGGUGCGCUUCCUGUCACUUCUACAGACCUCCACGCUGCUCCCACUGCAGCGUCUGCGAUCACUGUGUGGAGGACUUCGACCAUCACUGUCCGUGGGUGAACAACUGCAUUGGAAGGCGAAACUACCGUUACUUCUUCAUGUUCCUGUUGACGUUGACCGUGCACAUGAUCGGAGUGUUUACCUUCGGCCUCAUAUACGUCCUGCACCAUAUGGACGACUUAUGGAAGCUGCACUGCACCGUCACUUUGGUGGUGAUCAGUAUAUCAGGGCUGUUUCUUAUUCCAGUUUUGGGUCUGACUGGGUUCCACUUGUACCUGGUGUCUAGAGGACGGACCACCAACGAACAGGUAACGGGGAAGUUCCAAGGAGGAGUGAAUCCUUUUACCCGAGGCUGCUGCAACAACCUGGAGUAUUUGGUUUGCGGUCCUCUCUCUCCAAGGUAUGCAGGAAGGCCUUUAAAGAAGACAGCCGUUCAUAUUCACCCUCCCUUCCUGAGGCCAGAGAUCGACAGGCAGAUGGCGCUAAAAGUCAGAGACAACGGACUUCAGAGCCACGACGUCCAGAAGAAACGCUCGUCAGCCGGGGCCGUUGAACUGUCAGACGUCAAACUGAAAACUCCACCGCCGCUGCCGCCCAAGCCAGACCACGGCCUGAUGAAAAGCCAAGUGGCUGUGACAGAAGAAGUGGGACAUUACACCAAAUCCAUUAUCCCUGUAUCUAUUCCCACCGUGCCCCAGCUCCGCCCAGUCCUGGAGGCCAUAUCCAGAGGAUCAUCUCCCAUUCCUCCAGAGCAGUUGCUGAAGGCAUCAGAUCAGCCAGGGACCAGGAGUCCUGACCUCCGCUCUGAGUCCAGAGACAGCCCUGUGAAGGGGGUCCAGCAGGACCACAUGCCUGUCCAGCCUCCCCUCCAGACCAACACCAGCUCUCUGCAGCUCAACUCUCUGACUCUCAGCUCCCGCUCUCUGACCCUUAAACACAGCGGUCGCCACGGCAGUAAAUCCCAGCUACCCAACAUGCAUUCUGACAGCAUCGGAUCCAACCCCCCACCGGGCUCCGUCCCCUCCUCCGGUCUGCUGCCGAACCACAGCAGCCUCUCCUACGAUAACCUCAUCAACUCUGAGGGGCCACAGUUCCUGGGCCAGAGGGGGGCCCCAUCCGUGGGCUACCACCCUCACUUUAUGACCCUGGGCUCCGAUGGGACUCUGAUCCAGCGGCCCUCUCCUCACGCCUACAGUCCUGUGUUUAUGGGGGUCACUCGACAGUCUCCUCAGCCCAGGGACCCGUCACCGUCUCUGCAGGGCCUUUCAUCCAGGGAUCCAUCUCCUUCCUUCCAGGGUUUCAUUCAGCGAGAUCCCUCCCCUGCUUUUCAAGGGCUCAUGCCGAGGGAUCUGGUCUCUCAAAGCCUAACAUCAAGAGACGUCCCCCCUCCAAGUCUGGCCAUGCGAGACGUGACAUCUCACAGUCUUCGUGACAGCCUUCGUGAUCUUGGCGCGCAGGGACUGACACCUCCAAAGUCUGCUACCGUCCGCUACGACAACUUUUCCAAAACCAUCAUGGCGUCAAUUCAGGAGAGGCGGGAGAUGGAAGAAAGGGACCGGAUGCUGCGUCUCCAGGCCAGAUCACAGGCCCUCUACGGGCCAGACGUCGGGGUCUACGACAUCCCGAGCAGGCGCAGCCUACCUCCAGAUAACAUCAGACCCCCAGGUUCCCGUGGGCCAACUCCACCAGCGUAUGGAUCCAGGGAGUUCCUGAUGAGCACAGGUAUCCUUGGUUAUGGUAUAAGGAGCUCGCCUCUGUCCAGCUCCUCCACGUCUUCUCUGACUCGAGGUCCGAAAACAUCGAGUUCUCCUCUGCAGAGCAGCAGCAGCAGCAGCUUACAGAGCAAAGGCCGGAGUUCGUCUCCAGCCUACUGCCCCCCCGACAGACACACUCAGCCUCUGCCUUCCUCCACAUCCACGCUGCCCCGUUUGCCCUCCUCCUCCACUUCCUCCUCUUCCUCCACCCCCUUGUACGCCACCUAUGCCACCACAAAACGAUCCUCGCUGACGUACUCCUCUGAAGGGAAGGAAUCAGUCGCUUUAGGAACCUUGAAAUAGUAAAAAAAAAAAAAAAAGAAGAGAAAACAGUUUCCAAUGGUGUGAAUGAAUCAUCUAUGCAGUGUUACUCUCAGUCUUCACAGCUCCCAAAUGCUUUGUAAAUAAGAGGCCGUUUGGGUCUGUCCUGUGUGGGAGGGUGUGCAACAAACAUGUACAAAGUGAAGGAUCAACUUGGAAACAUUCAUGCACAUGUGGCUUGGGCUGUUUUUCAUCCAGAAAAGGGGAUUCUCAGGAUAGAUGUGCCUCCUCUAACAGAGAGAGCUCUAACAAAUGCAAUCACAGCAGAGGUAUGUGAAGAAUUAUCUGUUUGUAUGUGUUUUGAUAUUACUUUUGUGAUAAAAUGUAUUUGCCACAUUAUCUGCCAUGUCUCUCACGGCAAAAACCCUAUUUAAUGGAAUUUUGUAGGUGUUUAUAUGAAUAAAAUUAUUUUGUAAUUUUCA